UCCUCGGUCUCUGCCAGAGUGAACCGUCGUCUAGCCCUGGACUAGCAGCCGAACAGAGAAGAGUGUGAAAGGCAUCACCAUGUCGGCUUUAUCCUCUUCUCAGAGCUAACAUCCCCUGACACAAUUAUGUCCUCUGUGUGACACACAGAGAUAGACACAUGCGCGCAGACUCAUACAUACUGUGUGAAAUGCAUGUUAGAGGGCAAGCACAUGUGAGUGACACAUUUUAGGUUGAAUUUCCCUGUAGUUAUUGUGACUGGUCUGUGAUAACCCCAGUGUGGUUGCAUUAUUUCUCUGAUCACUAAGACAGCAUACUGUAGGGGGGGUGCUGACCGCGAAGGUAGGUGAGUGAAUACAGUACAGACAACCCGUACUGACAGUAUACCUGACCCUGUCAAAGCUACCCUGGGUAAGCUCAUUAACACAAUAACAAAGGGUGCUGGGUGUGCAGGGUUGAUAGGGAUUAGGGCUAAGAUGUUAUUGCCCCCAAGACACCCCUGCCCCCAUUCUCUUUUCUCUGCGUUUACCUCCUCUCUGCCCCCAUUCUCUUUUCUCUCCUCUGCGUUUACCUCUUCUCUGCUCCCACUCCAGCACUAUGAAGACUGUCCUGGCUCUGCUGAUGUUGGUAUGCCUGGCCUGCCACAGUCACGCACUGAAGUGUCACUCGUGCGUAGCAUCCAAUGAGGAUGAUUGUACUAAACAAGGAUCCACCACCUGCCCUCAAUUCGCUGACGCCUGCUCCACCAUCACAGGACAGAACACGGUGAUGAAGUCAUGCUCCUACAAAGCAUUCUGUGAUAAGGCCCAUAGUGGCAACUCUGGAGCCAAGAUGGAGUGUUGUUUCACUGAUGACUGCAAUGGGCCUCAUAAGGGCCACCAGCAUGGGGAGCACAAAAACACAGCUGGAGCCCUGGGAGCCAGCCCUGCUCUGCUACUUGGGGCUCUGAUGCUCCGCAUGGCCCUCAGCAGGUUCUAAACUCAUGAUCAUAAAUACAUUCAUCCCUUUACUAUCCAUCUAUUCAUGUAUUCAUUAUUUCAUACAGCCCUGAAACCAUUUAUCCAUCCAUCCCCUCAGAGUGUGUCUGCAGAAUGCUGAUGAACUAGGGUUUGGUGAAUCAUACAGGGAUUAGUAAGAGUGUGUGUGAUGCCGGUGGUGGUGGGGGGGGGUCAUUAAAGCACAUUCAAUCAUGUUUGAAGACCGAUGGAACUGAUGUAUCACUCCGCAUGAUUCAGAUCUGUCAGAGUUGUGUGUCCGUAACCAGUCAUAUGUACAAACUGAGAUGUUUGAUAUGAUCAGAGAGAGGAUGGAACUCCUGUAGUGUCAGACUCUGAGUGGAUGUGAGCCAGGCUGGGCUUAGAACUUUAGAUGUAUAUACUAUGUUUAUACCUGGGGCAGAUCUAAAAUGUCACCCAUGGUAGCCUGUGUGUAUGUAUGAUACUGUUGGUUAGUGCUGGGCUCCCAGUAGGCCUCGUGUUAGGCUCGUUUCCACAGUAACCACAUACGCUAGGGCACUCUUCAGCCUUCAGAAUCCAAUCAUCAUGAAUUGAACAGGAACUCAACACUGAAAGACAUGUUGGUACUUGUUGGUCCAUUGUUAAUAUUGUUAUGCUUCAAUACUUAUUUAUAAAUAAACAUGCUAUUACACCCUUA